CCUGUUGUGCGUCCCGCUCGGCUUUGCCGGCGGCCACACGCGCUCCAGCGGGCGGUGCAGGGAGCGCCCAGGCCUCGGGUCGCCGGCCCAAUGCGCCCGCUCGGCCUCGUCUACACCCUGGUGUGCGCCAACCUGUGCGGCUGUCGGGACGCCCCCGCGGCCCCGCAGAGCGCGUCCCUGCGGGCCCUGCGCGCCGCCGGCCUCCGGAGAGAUGACAGCAAUCACCUCACAGACUUGUACCGAAGAGACGAGACCAUCCAGGUGACAGGAAACGGCCAUGUGCAGAGCCCUCGCUUCCCCAACAGCUACCCCAGGAACCUGCUUCUGACGUGGCGCCUCCGUUCCCAGGAGAAAACAAGAAUACAGCUGGCCUUUGACAGUCAGUUCGGAUUAGAGGAGGCGGAAAAUGAUAUCUGCAGGUAUGAUUUUGUGGAAGUUGAAGAUGUAUCUGAGACCAGUACCGUAAUUAGAGGGCGGUGGUGUGGACACAAAGACGCUCCCCCCAGAAUAACAUCAAGAACAAACCAAAUUAAAAUAACAUUCAAGUCUGAUGACUACUUCGUGGCUAAACCUGGAUUCAAGAUCUAUUAUUCUUUUGUGGAAGAUUUCCAACCCGCAGCAGCCUCAGAGACCAACUGGGAGUCCGUCACUAGCUCUAUCUCCGGGGUAUCCUAUCACUCUCCAUCAGUAACGGACCCCACUCUCACUGCGGAUGCUCUGGACAAAACAGUCGCAGAAUUCGAUACCGUGGAGGACCUGCUGAAGCACUUCAAUCCAGAAUCGUGGCGAGAAGACCUUGAGAAUCUCUACUUGGAAACCCCCCAUUAUCGAGGGAGGUCCUACCAUGACAGGAAGUCAAAAGUUGACCUGGACAGGCUCAAUGACGAGGUCAAGCGCUACAGCUGCACCCCCAGGAAUUACUCCAUCAACUUACGAGAGGAGCUGAAGCUGACCAACGUGGUUUUCUUUCCACGCUGCCUCCUCGUGCAGCGCUGUGGCGGUAACUGUGGCUGUGGGACCGUCAGCUGGAAGUCCUGCUCCUGCAAUUCAGGGAAAACUGUGAAGAAGUAUCAUGAGGUGUUACAGUUCGAGCCUGGCCAUUUCAGGAGGAGGGCCAGAGCCAAGCACAUGGCUCUCGUCGACAUCCAGCUGGAUCACCACGAGCGCUGCGACUGCGUCUGCAGCUCGAGACCGCCGCGAUAGGAGAACGUGUGCCAAAUCCCCUCGCGCGCGCGAGGGAACCUUUCGUGUCGGGGGGCGGGGGGGUGUGAGAGGCCCUGUUCCACCAGCAGCCGCACUUGGGACCGGCCCGUAGAGCCGUGAGCGCCGGUGGGUGCUGAACCACCGCCUGGCUCGCUCAGCCGCAGCAGGUGGAAAGGCCCCUCAUCAGCUUCUGUUCCCCAGAACACAGGAUGGCCUGUAAUGAUCGUGUCAGAGAGCGUGCACGUGCAUACAUACGUGUGUACGCCGUCCGUGUCUACGUGUAAAUACAUCAGCUGGUUUCUUCCGUGUACCCCAGAGCUUACGUAUGCUGCAGGUCUGUAGACCCUUAAAAUCUUUUGACACAUUGAGCGACAAAUUAAAUACGUGAAAUGCGUCCUUGGAAGAUUCAGAAGAUUACUUUGUUUACUUCUAAAUUUGACUCACAAAACAGUUUUGGAUCUUGGUCUCUUAGAAAAAGCGCUGUGUAUACUAAAAAACCAAUAAAUGGGCUUUUCUUAUAGAUACAUCCUAAUUAUAAAAAAAAAAAAGAAGAAGAAAAAGAAGGAGAAGAAGAAGAAGGAAAAAUACGGUUUCUGGGAAAAAGGCAGAGACCUGACCAUUUUUCCCGAGGGACGCACUACACGCUUACCUAUGUAGGCAGUAAUUACCUGUCUGCAGAAGCAUGCGGUAAUAAUAUAGAUGCCUUAGAAAUUAA